AUGGCCGGAGAUCUGGACGAGGAGCUGGACGGGAGCGCGCAGCUGUACACCCCGUCGGGCGACGAGCUGGACGGGGAGGGCGGUGGACGGCCUCCUGCCCCCGCCGAGGAGCUGCGGCUCGUCGAGGGCCAGGCGUAUUCGUCGACGGGCUACAAUGCCCAGGGCGACGUCCAGUGCCGCUUCACUUGGGUCGCCCUUCGCCUCUCGGUCGGAGUCGAGACGUACGCCAGGCCGAGGUUCCUCUUCUCAGACGACCCGUACUGGGACUGGUGGGCGUCGAACCCUGGCGAGCGCGGGGCCGUGACUGCGCGGCCCCUCGUCCACGUGUGCCGGGCGCAGCCGUGCCAGGUCCAGCCGCCGCGGGGUUGCUCGGAGCUGGUGCACAUCACGGACGCGACCGCCGUCUCGGCCGACGAGCUGCGGGAGAUCUUCGCGGCGUUCCUCUCGGACAACCCAGACGCGCCGGAGCAGCCAGGACUGGACGAGCUCUGGGGCGGCGACGUGGUCGAGGCGGAUGGGGGCGGCCGCCGUGCCAGCCUCCGCGGGAAGCUGGAGGCGGCGCAGGACCGCUUCGCUCGGCUUCAGCAGCAGCGGCGGGCCGCUGCGGGGGCUGCGGAGGCGGUCGCUGCCCUGGACGACGAGCCGCCGGCGAAGAUCCCGCGGCAGGGCGGGCCGCCACCGCAGCGGUCGCUUGCCGAGGUCCUCGAGGACCGCGUGCGGAAGGCGGCGAAGGUCGGAGCAGCUGCAUCGGCCGAGGACGCCAAGGGAGCAGAGGCGGCCGCCUCCGCCGCUGGUCAGGGCGGGGCUGGCGUGCAGGAGCUGCUGACGGCCCUCCUCAAGGCGCUGCAGAGCGCGUCCAGGUCGUCCGAGGACCCGUCCUUCGGCGGCGAUGGUGGUGUCGCCACCGCCGAGGGCGACUUGCUGCCGAAGGGCCUUGCGUCUCGUCGGGCCCACUGCAGGAGGUUGGCCCUGGAGCACCCAGGGAGACUCGCGGAGCUGAGCCUGGCGCAGAUGGCAGAGUUCCUGGGGUCGCAGGACGGCGGCGGGUCGGUCGAUCCGCAUGGCCCGAUCGUCCUUCGAUUCCUCCUGUCGGUCUACUUGCCGCAGCAUCCGGUGAAGGAGAUAGGGGGCGAGAUCUACCGCGAGUUGCGGACGAUCGCGGAGGCGCUGGACCUGUUGCUGCAGGGCCGCACGGCUGCGGUGGCCGACAUCCUGGCCCAGCGCUUCAAGGCCAUCCAGGUGGCGGUCGGGGACGGGAGCUGGUCGGCGGCGAAGUGGCUCGAGCUGAUACCGCCGCGGGACCAGCCUCUCGCGCUACGCAACGAGGAGGAGGAGAUGAUCAGGAGCAUCCAGCACGGGGAGCUCAAGCUGGAGGAGCUCGCCUCGCGGCUGCGGCAGAAGCCUCAGGGCUAG